AUGUCGGCUUCCUCCCGCGCAGCGCGAGAUGCUGCCGAGAAACGUGCCACUUGUUCCUUUGAAUCAACCACUCCAUUCGGUUCCACCGCUCCCCUCAAUCCCGUUAAUCCGUUUGAGACAGCGACUCCCUUCGACGUAGUUUCUCCCUUCGAUUGCACUUCGCCCAGGAAGCGUUGGGCUCCGCCUGGCUGGGAACUCAACACCACCAUCACCUCGCAUGGCCUCAAAGCGUCCGAGAUUGUCCUUGUGGACAAUUGCCGCUGCCAAGACCACAGGCAGCGCUACCCCGAGGUCGAGGCCAUCAUCCAGAUGUUCUUCCGUGUUUGUGCCAUCAUCCUCAACGUUAUUGUCCUGAUAAUCGUCCGCAUCUUGGACACCGAUCUCCAGACUCUCUUGCAGGUCAACAGGCUGUACGGUGGAAUCGCGUUCUCGUUCUUGCUCAAUACGAUAGAACUCCUAACCCUCAGCAAUCCGCAAUCCACGCUGCUCAUCCACUUGUUCCCGUCACUCUUACCCGCGAUCCCAUCGAAGUCGUCUCCGGAACUGCAGCCGCGCUUUCCCCGUCUGCCAUCCCUGGCUCUCUGCAUCUGCGAGCUCGCCGCCAUGACCGGCAGCUUCUGUAGCGCGAUAACGUUCCUCAACCCGAAGGUUGAGGGCGAUGCGCUGAGGAACGGAUGUCCGGUGGUGACGUGCGUGACGCCGGAGGAGCAUGACAUGAUUUACGGGUACAUGAUUGAGGCGGUGAUUGGACUGGUACAUUGUGGAUUCUUCUCCAUGGCCUUUGUGCACUAUGCAAAGAGGAAGGGGCCUGGCUGGUUGGAAAGGUUGGAGAGGUAG